CGAUUCUAUAAAAUCGGUGAGCAGCUCAGUGUAACAUAGGGAGGUUAAAGAAAAUGAUUAAUGCGCUAAGAUUAAAAAGAACACAGCAGCCCAUAUCAGUUUUCUCGUACUCGCAGCUGCCAAAUCAUAUAAUUACCCGAAAGCCGUCGAGUUUAAGGUUUGUGCAAUCGGUAUCCAGGCCCGGAUCUGAGCCCAACAAAACCGAUUCUUCCAACGAAAUGGAUCAGGAAAAAGGCCCAGCGAAAGAAAUGGAUCAGAAGAAAAGCCCAGAAACGUCCAACACCAGUGAUACAAUGUCCUCAAUGGGCGAAGCAUAUGCGACGAGGUCAGAUGAAGAAGGGUUUGGUGGAAUCUAUGGGGGGAACCAAUACCUUGACAAGGACGAUGAUGAGAAAAACGUCCAUGGCAAAGACACUGAAUUUGAUGAGAGUCAAGGGAGUGAAGUGAAGGAAAAGGAAAAAGCUCGAAACCAGUCCAAAAUAGCAUCCUGAAGAAAAAGGGGGUUCCUACUUACUGCAAUCCAACGGCUUCAUCUUUUACUUACUUUCAGUAUAAUUCCUGUUUUUCUAAUGUUUGCCCCUUUUAUGUGGACUUGCAACUUUGUGAUAUAUUAUUGUAACUAUGGAAAAACUCGUCCAAACUCUUCGAGGACAAGUAGUUGAAAUAAAGUGUUGCACAUAUGCUGGAGCUCCCCCAAACUUUUAAUUCUUAUUACUAUAUAUAUUAAUUUAUAUAUAUCCCUUUAGUUGCUAUUAAUUAUUAUAUUAAUUAGUCGAUUGAUUAUUUUAGACUACAUUAUAUUUGAGAAUUUAAGAUAUAAUUAAAUUGAAUGCGAGGAUUGUGCAAACUUGAAAACAGGUUAUUUGGGGAGCGGGAGAUUGUAAGGACAAUAUAUUAAUACCGAGAGAUGAUCGUUGUAAAACACAAUUUUAAUAUUAACAAAAGUGAAGGAACAUAUGUUUUUG